AUGGCUGGGCCAAAGGAUCUCCCACGACAACAACCACCGCCCGUGGCACUUUUCUCUGACAGUUCUGCCGUACAAAUAAGAGCACUAACUUCCAAAGCUGGCCUCUGCAAGGCAUCGAAUCCGAUCACGCAUUCCGACAUGUACACACGCACCCAGCACUAUGUCAGCACGAGCACAGGACAUCAGCAAUCCAACCGCGCUGGCGGGUCGAAUGAGGGCAGUACCCAUUGGAUGAAGAUGAGAGCCAGAAAGCUGCAAGACCAGGCUGCAGCCAAGCAAACAAAUCUAUUCGACGGUGUGGUCGUCUACAUCAAUGGCUACACGGGCUCACUCAUCACCAAUCAAGAACUGAUCCGGCUUUUGCAGCUGCACGGAGCCAUCGUAUCAUAUACACCAUCAUCCAAAGUAACGCACACUAUCAGCACGAUGUGCCUUUCGGGAAAGAAAACACAGAAAGAGCUGAAGCGUAAAGUUCUGAAGAGAGUCGCAAAGCUCGUCACUCCAGCAUGGGUGCUGGACAGUAUCGAGCGUGAGAGAAGGCAGCCUGAGAGGAAAUAUGCUGUCUUUGAGGAUAACACGCAAGGGGACUUACAAAGCUUAUGGGCCAAGAAGUGA